GAGACUUGAGAGGGUAAAAAAAGGCUCCACUGCAGUUCCAUUGCAGGGAAGCCUGAUCCUAUUCGUUUCAACCGAAAAUCAACCAGGGAAACCAGAGAUAUUUCAUUAUUUAUCCGCCUACUUCACACCACUCUUCGCGAAUCACAGAGAGAGAGAGAGAGAGAGAGGAUUGAAGGAGGAGCAAAAAGUUGAAAGAUUUUUGGAAAUGGGUUCUUCACCCAGAGCAAUCCGAUGGUGGCUCGCUACUUGUAGCAGUUUCCAAUUCUCUCCCAAUCACUGCCUACUUUUGCCCACAAAAAUCUUCCCAGUACGUCGUCGUGCUCAACACCCUUAUCCCAGAAUCCCUACAGCGGUGGCCUCGGCCUUGAGAAGCCCUCCUCCAGUGAGUGAACUUGCAGAAGAGGAUAUUCUUCAAACAUUUUUGAAGGAGAGAGAGUUGGAUGGAGACAUCAUAUCGAAAGUUUCUGACAUACUUUGGUUGAGGAAUGCUAUUAGACUUGAUGAUGCAGAGGCUGAUGUUACUCAACAACCACAAGAGGUCUUGGAAGAUGAAAAUGAGGGUGGGUUUCUGAAACUGACAAGGACCCUUGAGUGGAUUGCAGGUGACAACUCCGCACCCGUUAAUAAGAAAAUGACUGCUAUGGAAUUGCAAAAUGACAGAGAAAGAACGAAAAUGCUGAACCUUCUUAGAUAUGAAGCUCUCAAGAGGGAAAUGAUGCUUCUAACAGCAGGCAUUGGAACUGUAUGCAGUGGAUACUGUUUGGUAGUUUUCUCUGUACAGGCUGCUUUGAGUUAUGCGGCAGGAGUUCUUUUCAGUUGCUUGUACGUUCAGCUCUUGUACAAACAUGCGGACAACCUCUCCAAGGAAAGAGUUCCACAGAUUUUCAGGCAAAAGAAGUCAAAGAAAAUUGGUACAAGGAGCCAAGACCUGGAGGAUGCGUUUGAAAGAUUGGUCCAAGGUUCUGGUAUUGCUCUUUCAUCUCCAAGGCUUGUAAUCCCAGCUGCAAUAUAUGGAUGUUGGGGCCUUUCUCAACACUUUGCCAGUGAUUUUUUUGAUUUCCAGCUUGUGCCAGCAAUGGUUGGGAUGUUUGCCUACAAAGCUGCUGCUUUGGUGCAGGUUUAUAGAGACAAUGAAGACCUGCGACUGAUUUUCCCGGACAAUGGGGAAGAAUCAAGUGACUGAAGGGUCGAUUUUAGAAUUACUCAAAUUUGAUUCAUUUGGUUUUUUGACCUCAAAAAUGGGGAAGUGGAUGUUCCCCCAGAAGAGUACUCGUCCUUUAGGUCAUACAUUCAACUUUCUUUUUCUCUGAUUGGGCAUACUUGAGCUGUUACGAGUGGAGAGACCAAUCUAAAUAACUCAAACACGAAAAAUCUAAUUGAUUUUAGGCUUGGGUUUUCAUAAUGUCCUGAUAUCGUCUACUUCACUAGAGGUUUGUUCUUUUUGCAGGAGCAGAAUAGAAUGCUGAACCGAAAUAAGAAUUCAAGUCUUGGGUGGCAAAAGGCGAAGAACUCCAAUUUCAUGCCAUAGUCCAGACCGUGUGCCUGUUUCUCAGCGUUAAACAAGAUCCAAGUCUCUCCAAUUCUGUUAGCCUGCUAUAAUCUACUCUAAUGUACGGUGAAUAACAAUAGCCUCACAUUUGCCAUGCCGUAGAGUUGAACCUCGUCCUUGCGACAAAGAAGAUGUGCUUGGUUUGUUAUCAGCUAGAAAAUUCUUCGGUUCGAUCAUGAAAUAAUUUUUUUGCAAAGUACGGUUAGUUCGGAGAAAACAAUUUCCAGGUGUGUUUUAAACCCUAUUGGUGUUCCACUGACAAGAUUAAGCUGGUGUGCACUUUGGCCACUCCUCUUGCUUGAUUUGAGCAUGUGAUUUUUUCUCAUCAAGGGCUGUUAUGUCAUGGCUGUGAAUUGUGCAAACAUUUUUACUAAAGAAACGUGGGUUCUAUUAUUACUUGUGAGAGAUGAUUUAAUAAUGUAAAGAGCAAUGCUUCGUAUGCAGAUUUACAGUA